CAAGCCUUUGCCCCGCGCCUCCCGCCCUCUCCCUCCCUCCCUCCCUCUCGCCGCUGCCUGCAUUCUCGUGCACAACAUUCUCAGCUCGACAUCGCUCGACACGCCAUGAGUCCCUCUGAAUCCCCGCCUUCUUCCAGCUCAGAUAAUGCCGACUCUGACGCCGCGCACCAGCCCAUAUCCCGCGUCCCCUCCUUCAUGCAAAUCCCCUUCGCGCCCAAGCGCGCCGUCGCGUCCUUCGAGAACCUUGUCGUGCUGGCCAACUAUGAGGAACGCCUCCGCGAAGCGAGGAGGAUCGUGUGGCGCGACAGAGGAGAGAAACCGGCCGACCUGAGUGACCUCUGGGAGUGCUUAGAGCAUGCGGGGAGGGGCGGCAUGAGGGCUGGCUGGCUGGGGUUCUCUAUACGUGCGGGCGUGAACCUCAUUCUCCUCAUGACCAGAAUCAAGAAGAUUCCAAGAAAGUACCGCUUUGCCCUUGUCCGCCGUGCCGCGUUUGGAGAAGACUCCGUCCGAUUCGCAGCCAUGCUCGGUUCCUUCGUUGCCAUCUACAAGUUAGUCCUCAAUGCGCUCCCUAUCCUCCUCCCAUUCCCACCGCCAAACCUCCCCACGCACCGCUCCACAUCGCACACGCGCUCGCGCUCCCUCUUCCGCGCGUCCCUGCGCGCGUCCUCCCAUCCAUCCGACUCGCCUUUCCAACCCGAUGACGGGGAUCUCGCUGUCGACGUUGACGGUGUCAAGGCCGGCAAGCGCCGCGGGUCGCGGCACGCACGCCUCUCUGCGAGCGCGCAGGCGCACCAGGUGUGGGUGCGUAAGCAGACGAGAAGAUGGUAUUCGAUUUUGGCAGGCUCACUCGCGGGUGGGUUUGCGGUGCUGUUUGAGAAGAGGGGACGGAGGGCUGCGAUUGGGCAGCAGAUGUUUGUGCGAGGCUUGCAGGGCUCGUUCAAUUCAUUCUCGUCGAAGCAUGGGGUCAGCAUUCCGAACGGGGACGUGCUUGUUUUCUCGCUAUGCUGUGCGCAGAUCAUGUAUGCGUGGUUCGUCCGUCCGGAGACACUCCCCAGGUCGUAUGACACCUGGAUCGCAACGGCGAGCAAGGUGUACCGCGAGACGCUCUCCAUCCAGAGAGACAUGGUACGCGACGGAACGUUCAAGAUCAAGGAGAUGCAGGCACUAGUCGCGAAGAAAGAUACCACCCCCUUUAAUCGCACAGACAUGCUUGUCCGCAUCGCGCGUGCGUCCCUUCCACCGCCACAGCAAUCCUUCGGUUCGCCCUUCGUGCCCUGUUCCGCGCUGCACCCAUGGUUCGACUCGUGCACGAUCACACAGCUCGACCGAUUCGUCAGCGUGUUCCGGUGGAUGCUGCCCAUUUACGGCGCACUGCACCUUAUCCCGAUGCUCCUCUUCCGCCGCGCGCGUGUGUGGAGGGAGCCGAUGCAUAUGCUUCUGCGCGCGGGGUGGGGCACCGUGCGGAGCUCGGCGUUCCUGGGCGUGUUUGUGUUCAUUUAUCAAUCACUCUUCUGCCUGAAACACAACCUCUACGAAGACCUCACCGCGCUGCGCACCGACGCCGCGCGCGCCUCCACACACCCAUUCCUCGCAGCCCUCGCGCGUGCGCUCCCGCAGCCACUGGUGGACUCGCUCGUCGCGCGGCGCGCGUACUACGUGCUCGGGCUCGCGGCGGGGCUGUCGCUGUUUGUGGAGGAUAAGCAUCGGCGGGAGGAGCUUGCGAUGUAUGUGCUGCCGAAGAGCCUUGAGAGCGCGUGGUUGAUGGCGCGGGGGCGUGGGUGGGUGAUGCAUACUGGGCAGUGGGGGGAGGUGUUGUUGACGGCGGUGGGGAUGGGUAUGGUUAUGGUGCGUUGGGUUUCUGGGACGAGUGGACGAUAAACUGACUUUUUUGAUAUCGUAUUUUACAGAACACGUACCAAGUAAGCUGCCUGUCAUGGUUCAUUCCUUCGACGAUUGAUCCUUUCUACUCCAGAACGAC